GUUAUUUGCCGGGCACUGGCUGAUAGCUCUUCUGAUAAAUGACUGCGCAUAAGAAGCAGCAAUAGUGAGAUAACAGCAGCAUUACCAGCCCUGUAACCCAGUAAAAGUGAAACCGGUUGCAUGUCACAGUUGCUUGUGUCAGGAAAUGCACACAGAAAAACAGCGAACAACAAAUGAGCGCAUCAAAGAACAGAAAUGGCUUCUGUACCGGAGCGUCUCAUGGGCAUUUUGGAGGAACUGGUGGGUGAGCAGCUGAAGGCGUUUCAGUGGUUCCUGUACAGCGAUGUUCUUGAAGGAUUACCUCAUAUUCCAAGGGCUCGAUUUGAUGGGGCAGAUAGGGUUGACGUUGCGAAUCUCUUGGUGCAAACAUAUGGCUACGAUGACGCAGUUGUGGUCACAGUGGAUAUACUGACAAGGAUGAAGCUCAAACUCUUGGCUGAAACUCUGCAGAAGUACAAUAAAGGUCCAAGUUUUCAAGUCAACAAAGAAUCUGAUGAACAUGUAAUCCAGGAGAAGCUGAAAUCCACUCUGAGGGAAAAAUACCAAAACCAUUAUGAUGGCAAUGCAGAUGAAGGAGAGACCAUCUAUUUGAAAAAAAUCUAUACUGAGCUCUAUGUGAUUGAAGGAGCAGUGGGAAGCUUCAGCGAGGAUCAUGAAAUCGGGCACCUGAGGUCAGUGCCUUUGACAACCGGAGAAUCCACCAUUAAAUUAAGCAACCUUUUCAAACCCCACCCAAACCAAAACAAGUGGAUUCGAACUGUGCUUACCCAAGGUAUACCUGGAGUGGGUAAGACUGUCUGUGCACAGAAGUAUACUUUGAGCUGGGCAGAAGGAGAAGACAACCAGGAUAUCACCUACAUCUUCCCGCUUCCAUUCCGUGAACUGAAUCCCAACAUAAGCGAGAAGGACUAUAGUUUGAUGCAGCUGCUCCAUCAGUUUUUUCCUUUGAUGAAACCACUCAAGAUGUUUGGAACAGAAUCCAAAAUUUUGUUCAUUUUUGAUGGUUUGGACGAGAGUCGUCUCCCGUUGAACUUCAAACAGAAUAAAGUCUUGAGAGAUGAGACUGAACCAGCUUCUUUGGAUGUUCUGAUCACAAACCUCAUUACAGGAGAUCUGCUCGGUAAUGCUCUUGUUUGGAUUACUUCACGACCUACAGCAGCCAACCGCAUCCCCCGGAAGUAUCUCCACCAGUGGACAGAGGUCCGAGGGUUCACCAAUGAACAAAAGGUGGAAUACUUUAAAAAGCGUUUACAUGAUGAUAAACUUGCUGGAAGGAUCAUCAACCAUGUGAAGUCAUCUAGAAUCCUCCAUAUCAUGUGUCAAAUACCAAUAUUCUGCUGGAUUACAGCCACUGUGAUGAAGAAAAUGUUGUGUGACAACAUGACAGGAGAUAUGCCCAACACCCUGACAGAGAUGUACGUGUAUCUUCUCCUCUGCCACACAGGCAGGAUGAAAGAUGGAGAUUACCCGGUGGAAAGUGACAAUUUUGUUCUGAAGCUGGCAGAGUUGGCAUUUCGUCAGCUGGAGAAAGGCAGCCUGGUUUUCUAUGAAGCUGACCUGAAAGAGUGCAGCAUAGAUGUGGAGAAGGCAACCAUUUACUCAGGCAUGUGCACAAAGGAGGGUAGAAUGGGGCAAGAGGUGUUCAGCUUUGUACAUUUGACCGUCCAGGAGUUUCUGGCAGCUGUAUAUGCCCAUCAUUGUUACAUGCAAAGAAAGGAAAAUGUUCUGCUUGGAUACCUCAAAAGGAUAUCUACAAGAUAUCUUCCAAAGUCUAUGUUUAAUUUCCACAAAACUGCCAUUGACAAGGCGCUGGAGAGUGGUAAUGGUCACUGGGACCUCUUCCUUCGCUUUCUUCUUGGGCUGUCCCUUAAGUCAAAUCAGAUGCUCCUCUGUAGGGUCCUGGAUUUGGAAAUAGAAGGUGAGGAAGAUGUGGCAAAAAUCAUCCAGUUUAUCAAGGAGAAGAUUAAGGAGGAACCAGAGUCUAAGCUCAACCUGUUCCACUGCCUGAGCGAGUUGAAAGAAGAGUCUUUGGUUCAGGAGAUCCAGAGCUUUAUAAGAUAUGGGAGACUUUCAGCCAAACAGUUGUCUCCAGCCCAAUGGUCUGCACUCACAUAUGAACUGAUGACAUCAUCGGCAACAGAGGAAGAGUUUGAUCUGAAGAAGUACACAAGAUCUGAGGAAGGGCUAAUAAAGCUGCUCACUGUCAUAUCUUCGUCCUCACGGGCUCUGUUAAAUCGGUGCAACCUCACUGAGAACUGCUGUCAGUUAUUGACCUCAGCCAUCAGCUCGCCGUCCUCACAGCUGACCGCACUGGACCUGAGCGAAAACAACUUGAAGGAUUUAGGGGUCAAGCUGCUGUCUGUUGGAUUAGAGAGUCCACAUUGUAAACUAAAGAGUCUGAGAUUGUGUAAGUGUAAACUGGAAGGCGACUGCUGCGACACAUUAGCCGUUGCCCUCAGCUCAAAGUCUACCAGACUCAAAGAACUGGACCUAAGCGCUAAUAACAUCCAUGAAGCGGGAUUUAAGGCUCUGUGUGAAGGAAUGUGCAGCCCUCACUGCAAACUGGAAACUGUGUGGUUGAAACAGUGCAAGCUUAAAGAGAAUUGCUGUGGAGUUUUGGCUUCAGUUUUAAGCUCAGGUUCAUCUCAGCUGAAAAAUCUUGAUCUGAGCAACAACAAUUUGAAGGAUUCUGGUGCUUCUCUGCUGUUUGAAGGACUCACAUCUUCACAGUGUCAACUGGAAACCCUCAGGCUCCAUCUGUGCGGGCUUACGCAGAAAUCCUGCAAUCGCAUUGGUGCAGCCCUCAGUUGUGACCCCUCCCACCUCAGGGAGCUGGAUCUGAGUGGGAACAACCUGCAGGGUCGGGGCUUACAGCUGCUCUGUGUUGGAUUCAAAGAUCCACACUGCAAACUGGAGAUAUUAAGGUUAAAUGAGUGUAAACUCCAACAAUGCUGUGCAGAUUUGACGUCUGUCCUCACCCUCAGCACGUCUCACCUAAAGCAGCUUGAUCUGAGUGAAAAUGAUCUGCAUGAUUUAGAUGUAAAGAUGCUCGCUGAUGGACUGGCAGCUCCAGACUGUAAACUGGAGUCUUUGCGGCUGUCGUUCUGCGGAGUCACAGUGCAGGGCUGUGUUCAUUUGGCAUCUGCCCUGAAAUCCAACCCUUCCCACCUGCGAAAACUAGAUCUCAGCUACAACUAUCUGCAGGACUCUGGAGUGAAGCUGAUGACAGAUCAUCGAGCCGAUCCAUCCUGUAAACUAGAAGAACUCAGAGUGGACCAUAAUGCAGAGUGCUACUUGAAAUCAACUCUGAAAAACAAUGCCUGCAAGCUAACGUUGGACACGAACACAGCCGCCAACUCUCUGUUUCUGCACGACGGGGGAAACCAGGUGACAUGGGUGAGGGAGAGACAGCAGUACCCGGCUCACCCCGAUCGGUUUGAGAGUGUCUCCCAGGUGCUGUGUCACGAAGGCCUCACCAAACGCCACUACUGGGAGGUGGAGUGGCGCGGGCGCUGGGUGGAUAUCGCUGUGGCCAUGAAAGGAAUUCACCGGAGGGCAGGCUCCCAUCUGUGUGGCUUUGGCUCCACAGACCAGUCCUGGAGUCUGUACUGUUCUGAGGAUCACUACAGUGCUCAGCAUGACCAACAGUGUGUGGAGGUAGCAGCACCUCCAUCAAACUCGCACAGGGUCGCUGUCUAUCUGGACUGGCCAGGCGGCACCCUGUCCUUCUACAGCGUCUCCUCAGGGACCUUCAGCCACCUGUACACUUUUAACACCACCUUCACAGAGUCCCUGUACCCCGGGUUUGGCAUGGAGGAGGAGGAUUGCUCUGUGACUAUUUGUGAAGUGCAACGUGUGCAAGAAUCAGUGCGUCAGUCAGCUACAGCUGAAGAUCCCUCCAUUCCGUGAUCACUGAAUUUUUGAGAACUGCCUACUUGACACAGAUUUCCCCAUACAGAAUCAAAUUUUUUGUAUUUCUUAAUGAUGGAUGGAAAUUAAGUCCAAGACAUAUUCCGAGAUGUAUUCAUGGAACCAACCCCUGACUUGUCUCAAGAAAAGUGGCUUUAAAACCGAUUAUUUAAACAUUAUAUUUAAAAGAAACUUCCCCAUUUCAGCUUCUUCUUUUUUUUGGACUAUGCAGGCCUUAAAUGCAAGAAAAAAAUAUAAUACUAACAAAUGAAAUGAAGCUGACACAUGAAAUAUUGGGUUCAGUGUCUGCAGUGAAUCAGCAGUCAUUUUAGAAAUGAACAAAACUGACAAACAACCUUAUUUCAAGCUGUAUUUAAUUUCCAUCUUGCACAUGAUGACAACAUUAUGUCCUGCAACUAGUCCAGACAUGUCCAGCAGGGAGCAAACAUGUCUACGGAAUGUUAUACGUAAGCAAAAUAAAGUCGCUUUUUAAACUGA